AUGUUGAUCCAACCCGUUCCAGUGCCAAAUGGUACCGAAAAGUUCGAAGAAGAAAGACAGCGACUAAUCAAAGAACUUCAUGAUUCCAUCCCAUCGGAGUACCAUCUCCCGGAAAGCCUGGCCGAAAAUAUCCCAGCGGACGUCACGGGUAUUCCGCGAACUUGUGGGAUCCUCACUGAAGAAGAGCUCAAGAUCACAGAAUACUACGAUGCUACCUCACUCGCUCCGGCCAUCGCGGAGAAGAAGUUCACGGCGGUUCUUGUAGCCAAAGCCUUCGCCAAACGAGCGGCCAUCGCCCACCAACUGACAUGCUGCCUCACGCAAUUCUUCAUGGACGAAGCUAUCGAGCGUGCCAAGUAUCUCGAUGACUACCUCGAGAAGAACGGGAAGACCAUCGGCCCUCUGCAUGGCGUGCCUGUUAGCGUGAAGGAGCAUAUGAUGCUGGCAGGACACUAUUCCAGCCAUGGCUAUCUUUCUACGAGGGCCUACAAUGAUAGGGACUCCUUGAUGAUUAAGAUCCUGCGAGAUGCUGGUGCUGUCUUCUAUGUUAAGACGAAUCAGCCCCAGGGGAUUAUGCAUUUGGAGAGUGAUGGGUUUAUGGGGAGAGUGAAUAAUCCUCAUAAUAUUCAUCUUUCGGCUGGUGGAUCGACCGGUGGCGAAGCCGCCUUGAUAGCAAUGAAAGGCUCCGUCCUCGGCCUAGGAACAGAUAUCGGCGGCAGCAUCCGCGGCCCCUCCGCCUUCUGCGGCAUCCACGGCUUCAAACCGACCUCCUACACCCUCACAAUGCAAGACUUCCUUCCUGCCGGCUUCCCAGCCGAACUCAACAUCCUCUGCUCCACAGGCCCCAUGACCCGCACCCUCCGCGACAUGGACCUCUACAUGCACAUCAUGAAAUCGUCGAACCAACACCUCACCGACCCACGCGUAAUCCCCCUCCCCUGGUCCGGCCUCGCCACUCCCCUGCCAAAUAAACCCAUCAAACUCGGCAUCAUGCUCCACGACGGCGACAUCACCCCUCAACCCCCCAUUCUCCGCGCAAUGAAGUGGGCUGAAGAAAGACUCUCUAAGUCAUCCAACUUCAUCCUAAAACCCUUCGUCCCCUACAAAACCGCCGAAGCCAUGACCCUCCUCGGCGAAAUGUACUGGCCGGACAGCGGCCUCAACACAACCUCCGCCCUCGCCGCCACCGGCGAACCCAUGCACCCCCUCACAAAAACCGUCCUCUCCCCCGUCCUCGGCGCCGACCGCGAGAAAACCGCCACCGAAGUCUCCGCGCAACGCGUCGCGCGCGACGCCUUCCGGCAAGCCUUCCUCGCGUCCUGGAACGAGCAGGACGUCGACGCCGUGCUCGCUCCCUGCUUCGUGGGGCCCGCGAGUAAACACGAUACGGCGUAUUAUUGGAACUACACCGCGUUGUGGAAUUUUGUGGAUUAUCCGGCGGCGGUGUUUCCGACGGGGCUUAAGGUUGAGGAAGGGGAGGCGUAUGAGGAGGGAUAUGUGCCGUUGAGUGAGCGGUGUGGGCGUGUGAGGGAGUUGUGGGGGGAGGGAGGGGAGGGGUUUGAGGGGGCGCCGGUGGAUUUGCAGGUUGUGGGGAGGAGAUACUGUGAUAGUGAACUGUUUGGGGUGUUGGGGGAGGUGCAGAAGGUGUUGGGGUUUGCGUAG